UCGCUAAGUUGCAGAAGCAGGUGAAGGCGGUGUACGAUGCUGCCGUUGUUGCCGCUUUUGCCGCCGACGGGGAGCCUCCGAUGCGGACCGAGGGGAUGGAGAAGGCUAUCGCGCUCAGGCUCAGGGACGAGGCCCGCGCCGCUGUUCAAAAGCUGCGCGGUUUGAAGGCGAAGAGGAAGCAGCUCAACGAGAUGAUUGACUUCCUCAAGGCGCAGUCGGACUUGGUUGCAGAGUGGGUCAUCGAGAUGCAGGCGAAGCGCCUAGUCACCGAGGCCCUCAUAGUGGAACUGAAGGACCCGUCUUCUGGCUGGCUGGAGGGGAAGUGGAGGCCGUCACUUGCCCAGAUGAUGCAGGCUGCAGGGGAGCCGCUGCCGGACGAGAACGACCAGAGUGCGUUCUACUUGGACGAGAUCCCUUCCUCGGUCCCUUCCUCGGUGGAAGAACCGCAGGCGCAGGGGCCACCAGUGGACAUCGACGACGCCGAAUUCUUCUGCAGCGAAGACUUCGAGCCCCCCAGUGCGCCUCCCCUGCGGCCGGCCUUUAAGUUCCGGCCACGGAGGCCUCGGCGAGACUUCAACUCGUCGCCCCUGCCACCGUCGUCCCCUCCCGUCUCGGAUCCAUUGCCUGCCGUCGAGCAAAGCCCGGAGCCGGUGACCCCCCCUCGACGUACUCGAGGUGCUGUACCGCGGAGAAGGCAGCCCGAUUCGGACGACCUCGACGGCGAAUCCUUCGAGUCCCCUGACAGUGGAAGGCGCCCGAAGGCUUUUCAUCCAUCGAGGAUGGUUGACGAGGCCGGGCGAGGUCCGACUGGUUCGCUGCGGCCUGCACGCUUUACGCCCCAGUCGCACCGUCCGUCUUUCG